AUGUUGAUGCAUUUGAAGGGAGCAAAGGAAAAGAGUCGCCUCAUUCAAGAGCAACUCCGCCAACUCUGUCAAUUGUCACUAGCAGAUAUUGACAUGUAUAUGCCCCAGGACACGGCCCAGGCGAAAGUGAAUGAUGAAUUUUCUGCGACUGAGGUCAAAUCGGUUCCUCAAUACCCAACACAAGCAGAGCUACCACCAACCGACCAGUCCCCUGACAUCGGGGCUAUCAAAAGGAAGAAAAUUAGCCAAGUAAAGCGCAGGAUUGGCCGCACGAAGCCCGUACCUCAAGUGGCUCCUUACGAGAAUGUCCAUGUUACGCGCAGAGAGCGAUUGCUGAAGAACGCUCAAAAUCGAGCCCAGACGAUUCCGACUCCUGAUGAGAUGCCGGCUGAUGGUCUGGAUUGGUAUCAGGAAUCGACCACUUUGGUGAAAUCACCUGAAGAAAGGAAGGAGAACUGCCAGGAUAAUGCAAAUGUUCCUAUCGAUACGCUGGCAUACUUUCCUGUUCACCACGAUCGUUACCUAGAAGACCCGCAGGAUGUGAAACGAUGUAAGAUAUCACCGCCUACGGAGGCGUGUAUUACUGAAUCUACCGCGGCAGAGAUGAAAACACAGGUAUUCCUUCUCACCCAACGUAUGAUGCAAGCAGAAGCUGAAGGACUCACUGAGGACAUUCGUUCGUUGCAGGGCUUAAUUCGCACAUCCAACGAGACGCUGAAGACUUGCUCAAAAACGGUAGAAAAACGGACAUCCAAGAAAUGGCCACCUAAUCCACAGGGCAGCUAUUAUUUGGAUAAUCCGCAGAAGAAACAGUUUCAUGCGUUUAUUUUGGAUUGGCAUAAAAAUGUGAAAUUUCGCAAAUUAGACCCGACUCAUAUGCCGAUGGGCCUACAUAGGGCACUACAGAAAGAAAGAGCGCCCAAGGCGCUUUUGGAUUUUAUUGUGGAGAACGAAUUAAAAUUGCAUUCCAUGUCGUUUCUGGACGCCACUGCUUAUAUUGUACGCACACACGAACAAGAUAUGGAGGACAACACACAACUUCGGGAUUUUGAACGCAAAGUAAACUUUAUGAAGAUGCGACAGUAUGAGAACCCACUACAUGUAUACCGCAACCAUGGUAUGCUCAACCUAAUCAAUCAAGCUGUGAGGGGUGCAUAUCACCGUGAUACUCUUCGUAUGCACCCUAAUAGGCGAGAAUAUUCCGCGGCACAAAUGCGUGAUGUAUUUCGGGUGAGUAUUGAUAAGGCGGAAGAACACCGUCGGGCAAGCCUUCCCGACCACUGUAAAUCCCCGGGGGCCAACACACGAGCUAAUCCGCAUGCGCCGCCAGCAUCGAAUCCUAAGGCCCGAUGUCGGUCAUGUGAGCAGAAUCUCCCUCCUGGCCCAGUACACGCACCACGUUGCCUUAAGUUACUGCGAGCACCGAACGGAAACGAACACGGGCAGCCAUACGCAACGUGGGGGUGCGCCACCAUACCGUUCAUCGGCUGGGGCAACAUCCACGCGCACACGACGUCAGAUGAAGUAGGAGAGAGUGAGGUGAUGAAUAUUCAUGAUUUGGUCGACGAGUCGUAUGUCGACAGUGAAGAUGAGUUGAUGGAGGCUGCGCAAGGGCCAGCCGAUAGGGAAGAUGAGCCAAGCUCAAAUUGA